GAGGAGCCGGGCCGGGGCGGCCGGGAGCGGAGCGGGGCAGGUGAGAGGGGGAGAUCAAAGCCCAUAAGUGCUAUUAAUGGGUGAGCCUCAGUCGCACCGUGUUUCAUAGUUCUUCUGCAAUUAUUUGAUAAACGAUGAAGGUUCUGUUACUGAAGGACCCCAAAGACAAAGAGUCGGGACCAGAUCCGUACGUUAAAGAAUUAGGAUUAUAUGGGUUCGAAGCAACUUUGAUUCCAGUGUUGUCCUUUGAAUUUGUGUCUCUUGAAGCCUUGUUUGAAAAGCUUUCUCAUCCAGAGCAUUACAGAGGCCUCGUUUUUACCAGUCCAAGAGCAUUGGAAGCCAUUAAGAUAUGUUUAAAACAGAAUAGCAAAAGUGAAGCAUGGUCAAAAACUCUUAAACAACAAUGGAAUACCAAACCAACAUACGUGGUAGGAAAGGCUACGGCUUCUCUUGUGGAAGAAAUUGGCCUUUCUCCACAAGGAGAAAAGAGUGGAAAUGCUGAAAAAUUAGCUGAAUAUAUUUGUUCAAGUGAGAAGCCUCAUUCAUCAUCUCUUCUUUUCCCUUGCGGAGCCCUGAAAAGAGAAGUACUUCCUACAGCACUUAAAGAAAAAGGCAUAGCGCUGGAGAGCCUGACUGUGUACCAGACUGCCCAACACGAGCACCUCCAGCAGUCACUGAGCAGCUACUUCUCACAGCAGGGAAUUCCAGCCAGCAUUGUGUUCUUCAGCCCAUCUGGUGUCAAGUUUUGCCUCCAGCACAUUCAGAAGCUUUCUGGUGAUUUUGCCAACCAUGUAAAGUUUGCUGCCAUCGGUCCAACAACUGCCGAAGCCAUGGAAGCAGCAGGAAUCCCAGUAAGCUGCACUGCAGAGAGUCCCACUCCUCAAGACCUCGCUGCUGGGAUCCAAAAAGCACUGCACUCACAGAACUGCAUUGUACCGGAGUGACAGCACAGCAUGUGUUUGAGGCUGACUGGUUCUCUACAGGAAGGCCUUUUCACUUUGCAGACCUGUUGCCCUGCAAUGAAGUCACAGUGCUCUCCCAGCAGCAGUUUGUGUGAGCUGCUGGCACUUAAGCAUCUAAGGAAUCUAGAAUUCAUCCAGCACGUCCUGAAGCCCCUUUUUAUGUGUGCAGUGUAAAUAUUUUACCUGGGCAUUCCCAGCAAACAAACUGUGAGAAGCCACGCUGAAUGAGAGUAAUAUAUUGUCAUUUCAUGUUUCAUGUGUCGCCUCAGGUACCUCUUAGUGCACAGGGUGAGGUUUCCCCUUCUUUGUGUACAGUUUCUACAUGCACAUCUUCUGUUGUAAAAGAAGAUUAUAAGUAUGUUGAAGUAUUUUCUGUUGCAAAGAUUAUUCCUUGUUCUUUCCUUGUUCUCCUUCUGAAAUAUUUAUAUUAAGAUGCUGAUUGUAGAUUCUAAGUGGAGCAGGAUAAUUCUUGUGCUGUUGCACCAAGUGAAGCUAACAGCAGGUCAGUUGUUGAUACAUCCUUGCAGCACAGAGUCUUAAAAAAAUAGGUUUUCAUUUCUAUUUCUGUAAUGAAGGAUUCCUAAACAGAGAAAUAAACUGGCUUAUCAUUAAUAAUGGUG